GAAAUUAGACAUCAUUUUUGAAGAAAAUAAAAAAAACAAUUUGUCAAAUAUAGAGCUGCAAUGGUUAUACAUAAAAAUUGGUGAACAUUUAAGACUAAGCAAUGAUGAAAUUACAAAGUUUUUUCUUAAAGUCUCCCAGAAUUAUAAUUUUUUAUUUAUGGCCUUUUGUGAAAUUGUUGCAAAAAAUCAAUUAGAGUUCUUUAACCAAUAUUUGAAACCUUUUACUAUACAACAACAUCAAGAAUUUCUGGCAGUAUUUCUGAACAAGGUUUUAAAUUUAGACCUUAAAGUUGAAUUAAAAGAUAAUAUAGUUCCUAUUCAAAGUUUAAUACAAAAUUUUAUUUGGAAAGAAGAUAAUGUUUUUAUAUUUGACCAAUAUUUGCGACGACGAGUUAUACAUUUAAAAAGAACGAUAAAUGACUUAGACAAUAAUUCGAAUAAGAUUAUUUCUUUUGCAAAAUAUAAAAGUGAAAUAAACCAAAAUAAUGACUGA